AUGUCAGACUGUUUAGAUCUGUUGUCGCAGAUUCGUGAUCCUCGUAGUAUUAGAAGAAGGAAUCGAAAUUUCAAGAAAAGGUGGAAUUUCAAAGAAUCUGUAAUUAGAAAUCAACAUAUUGAAUACAGAAAUCGCCAAAGAGCUAAAGCUGAUGAAGCAAAAAAAUCCUCGAAGCAAAUAAAAAGAGAGCAAGAUGAAUUUCAAGCAAUUCAAGAUGCUUACAAAGCAAAGAUUGCUUUGAGGGAUCUUGAGAAUCUUAAGAAAAAAUUGGCAAUAGAAGGAAGAGAUAACAGCCAAUUGAGAAAAAUUAAUAUUAUUGAAACCUUGGCAAUAAGGAAAGAAGAGCUACAGAAGAAGUAUAUGAAAUAUACUUAAUCAUAUUGGCUUUUAAUUUUGUUAAUUGAUUUACAAAUAAAAAGAAAAAGUAGAAAAGAGGCAUAUUUAAUUUCUGCUUAUUAA